CGCAAUUGAAUUUCAAUUUAACCCCUCAACUUAAUAUCUCCGCCUUUCGGGAUUUCUCUAUAGUCCCUCCUCAACCUCAACAAAGACCUCACCAUCAUUCUCACUUCUCUCUGUCCUUCUCUCUCUCUACGCGUUGAAAAAAAACUUUUCUCCCGAACCCUAACCCUAACCCUAGUUCACCAAACCCCCCCGGAUUCGCCAUGAAAGGAGCAAAGUCGAGGUCUGAGCCGAAGAAAGCUGAAUCCAAGCUUUCGGUGAAGAAAGGCGGUGCUUCAACCAAAGCACCAGCAGGAAGGAAGGGAAAGGCCGCGAAGGACCCUAACAAGCCUAAGAGGCCUGCUAGUGCUUUCUUCGUUUUCAUGGAAGAAUUCAGGAAACAGUUCAACAAGGACCACCCUGAAAACAAAUCAGUUUCUGCUGUUGGUAAAGCUGCUGGUGCAAAAUGGAAGUCCAUGUCCGAAGCCGAAAAAGCGCCUUAUGUUGCAAAGGCAGAGAAAAGGAAGGUUGAUUAUGAGAAAAACAUGAAAGCCUAUAACAAGAAGCAGGCUGAAGGUGCGAAUGCAGCUGAGGAUGAAGUAGAGUCCGAGAAGUCAAUGUCCGAGGUCAAUGAUGAUGAUGAAGGGGAUGAAGAUGGCAGUGAAGAGGAGGAUGAUGACGAGUAGAGAAUGGCUUGAAUGAUAGGAUAGUCAUUUAGGCUGUCGGAAUGUUUGAUCAUCCCAUACUAAUGGUUUGAUCAUUUUAUGUCUAAACUUUUGUUCCCCUUUCCAAGAAAAUAUAUCCCUGCUCCCUUGUCAUUUGUUUUGCCCUUUCAGGAAAUGGAUAGUUAUAGAUGGGAAGUUGACCUCUAUUUGUACUUUUCAAAUGAAUUCUAAUGAUUUAGUGAAGGGGUAUUGUCUAUUGUAGAGCUUCA